AUGACAUACUCCGCAUCUACAACCACAUUCUCAGCCCCUUCACUCAAAGGUGGCGAGACCGUCACCAUCGUGGCGAAGCGCUACGUCCCGCAAACAAACGCAUCGAAUGGACUGACCCUCCUCUGCUUCCACUGCACAGGCUCUCACAAGGAGUCCUGGGAACCGACGAUCCAACACUUGCUUGACGACACCGCUGCCCGCCGUCUCAUCCGCGAGAUCUGGGCGGUGGACAACGCCCACAGCGGCGAGGCCGCCGUGCACAACGCCGCGUGGCUGAGCGACGAACGUAUCUUCACACUCCUGGAGUGGGCCGCAGCGGUGAAGGCGUGGGUCGCCUCCGGCGUUUUCGCCGGCCACACGCUCGUCGCCGUCGGCCACUCCGGAGGCACCUGUGCGUUCGCGUACACGAUGUCCGCAGACGAGCCCGACGGCGGCCGCCACCCCGCCGUCCCGUACGCGGCCGCGAUCCUCGUCGAGCCCUCGCUCUGCGACGCGGCCGCGUACGAGCCGCGCCGCGCCGCGCAGUACAAGACCAACCUCGCGCUCGCCGACGCGAUCGGGCGGCGGCGCGGCGCGUGGGCGAGCCGCGCCGCCGCGCGCGCGUUCUUCGCCGGCCGCGAGCCGUGGCGCAGCUGGGACCCGCGCGUGCGCGAGCUCUUCGUGCAAUGCGGGCUGAAGGAGGUGGGUGAGCCCAAUGCGGGAGAGCGGCGGGUCGUGCUGUGCUGUUCGCCCAAGCAAGAGGCGAUCCAGUAUCUGUACCAGGACUUCCACAACCACGCGGCGACCCUCCUUGCUACGGCAGGCGUUUCUGUGCCGAAGCACUUCGUCCUCGCGACGCAGGCUCACUUUAUACCCUCCUGGAUGUCUCAAUCUGUGAUGGAUCUAUGUAAGCCCGCGUCGGUGCAGAGGAUAGACGCCGGUCAUUUCGCCGUACAAGAAGAUCCAGCCGCGGUAGCUGCGGCGAUAGCUCGAGUGCUCGUCGGCAAUGCCAACAUUCGCGCGCGAAUGUAG